AGUACAACCUGUACCUUUAAAAGUUCAUAAACAAACUCUAAAAAUAUAUGCUAGUCGUCUUCUUAUCAAGCAAAUCUGUUAGGAAAAUGGAAAAUUCUAACAGAACAAUGCAACAAAAAAAAAAACUCCUUAGAAACAGAGGAACCAGGAUGAUGAGAGCACACAAUUAUACAGAGGAGACGUGGAGAUGUCUAUGACCUUGUCUCAUCCAUCGUCAUGUCUCAUCCUUGUCAUCCUUCUCUUUUCCGGUCAUCCCUCGGCCUCCGGAACCUCCAUCAUCCCCCACCUGAUGAACAGGGCGGCGCGUAUGUUCAACAGAGCGAGGAAAGCUAGACAGGCGAGAGAAUUCCUACAAGCUCACAACAUCGCGCGCGAGUCAGCAGGCGUGCCACCUCUAGGAUGGAACAAAGGCCUGGCCCGAUUCGCUGAUAAAUGGGCUAAGCAACGUCAAACCGAUUGCAAUAUGAUACAUUCAAAUGGGCCUUACGGCGAGAACAUGUUCUGGUACCGGCGUAGGAGGACGUGGUCGGUGGAGAGAGUGGUGACGAAAUGGUUCGAGGAAAGGUUUAACUACGACAUGAAAACAAACACGUGCGCAUCGGGUGAGACGUGCGGCCAUUACACGCAGAUGGUGUGGCGAACCACCACAGCCGUUGGAUGCGCACGCGUGAAAUGCAAUAACGGUCGUGGCUAUCUUGUGGUUUGUGAAUAUGAUCCACGUGGGAAUUACGAAGGUGAAAGCCCUUUCGAUCAAAACAAUUAA